AUGGCCUCCACCAUCAUACCCGCCCUCAUCGUCGUCGACAUGCAGGAAGACUUCUGCGAACCCCACGGCAGCCUAGCCGUGCAAAACGGCCGAGAAAUCGCCCCAAAAAUCAACGAACUCCUCAAUUACCCUGGUUGGAAAUUGCGAGUCGCGACGAGAGACGUACAUCCCCCAAACCACAUUUCUUUCGCUUCGAAUCAUCAGGACAAGAAGGCUUUUGUGUCGAGUCAUACGAUUCGAAAUCCUGAGAAUGAGGGGGGGACGCAGACGACGUUAUUAUGGCCAGACCACUGCGUCGAAAACACAUUCGGAGCUCAAAUCAUCCCCGAAAUCAAUUCCUCCAAAUUCGACAUCAUCAUCUCCAAAGGCACAGAUCCUCGCGUCGAAUCUUAUUCCGGCUUUGGACCUCCGUUUCGAAACCCUAGGGUCUCGAUGAGUGAUUUGGAUGCGAAGCUGAAAGCUGCGGGGAUCACACAUGUUUUCUGUGUGGGUUUGGCUUAUGAUUUUUGUGUCAAGUGUACGGCUGUUGAUGCGGUGGAAUUCGGGUAUCGGAGUUAUCUUGUGGAGGAUGCGACGAGGGGAGUGCACCAUGGGGCGGAGAAUGUCGAGAGGUUGAGGGAUGAGUUGAAGGGGGCUGGGGUUGAGGUUGUUGGGAUGGAGGAUGAGGUUUUGAGAGGGGUAAGGGAGGGGAGGGCUUGAGGAGGGAGGGAGGCAUGGAGGGAGACUUAUGUUCUAGAGGGAUUGAGGGGAUUGAUAAGGAACGAAAGGCGAUGGUAUCCUGAAGACCGUGGUUCAAGAUGUCCAUGGAUUUACUUCGACCUGAUUGCGACCGCUUAGAUCGAAUUAGCCCGCGAGCAAGCUUCUUGGCCCAAUCGCAAUCGCGAGGAAGUGUAGCUUCGGCACCAAGAUUGGGAUACAGCUCGAGGCUUUUGGGGCGCUAUAAAAAUGAGAUUCAAUGG